AUGUCGCUCUUGAGCAUCUCGUUCAAUGAUGUGUUCUUUCUCGAUCCCAUGCAGCUGGCAGACUGCUUAAAAGAUUUCCCAGAGUGCUGUGGGUUCGUAUACCAGUACGCAAAGACAAUGCAGAGUGAUCUCCAUAGCGGAGCGUUUGGUGCCAACGACGUGAUUCCCUUGGAGAGUGUACUCUCCCUCCGUGAAAGCACUGAUGCAUACAAAAUCUUGAACAUCUCCGAGCGGAAGACUCUGGAGAAGUUCGUAGUGCCUGCGUGUGACCAGGCAAAGGAGUCCUUCUCUCAGUGGUUGCAGAGGUUCUUGAACAAGACAGACCCCGAGAAUGUAGCAAGUCGGUACCACAUGCUGGCGGAGCUUUCGCGCUUCUUCCCAGAGCUCGAAAUGGAGAAUGGCAGCUAUUCGGCAUUCGUGGAUGAGCCUGCCAUUCAUCGAGCUCUAUCCUGCAUGGCCAGUGUUCUCUGGCUGGUCAAGGACAGUUUCGACGAGUUCAGCCGGCCGCAGAAGUCCGGGGAUAAGAUGCCCCUGGAGAUGUGGCAACGGCUUCAAGAGUUUGUCCGAUGGACCGGGGUGAGGUCUGAUGUGAGCAGCCUCUACGGGACCUUCGUGCUGAUUGUAGCCAGGGGGUUGUCGAAGUCGAAGCAGCUUCUGUGGCAGUUCCCCGAGAAGCAUCAGCAGCCGGAUGCCGCCGUCACCCACAUGCUGCGAGCCCGCCACAACGUUUUACCCAGUGCUGCUGAGCUGGACUUGGACAUGCGGACCGUGAUGUGCAAGGUGUCAUCCCUUCAUCAGGUCUUUGCCAUUGGCCAGUUCAUGCAAGGGGAGAACACACCCCUGAACAUCCGGAACUUGCAGGAGGAGCUGAAGAUCGAGUCGGAUCCUGCGGUUUUCAAGAUCUUCCUGCUUUCGGAGUUUGCCUCGCUACUCGGGAUCGGAGCAAGCUCCCGUACUUCCGGCUCAAGCUUCCUGAACAAGCGCACGGGUCGAACCGUCAUCAGCAGUUUGCACGCCCUCCAACAGCUGGAAUCACAGCCCUGUGUAUCCGUAUACUGGAACUACCUCUGUACCUGGGCUCGGACCCUGCAGCUGGCUUUGGACGAACCCGCGGACUUUGCCUUCGCUCGCCUGGCGUGCAUCUGUCGGAUGAACGAUCGGAAUCCGAGGCUGAAGCUCUUGUAUCUGAGCUGGGCGAACAUGAACCAAGCGGACAGGGCAGUCUUGACGGACUUCUUUCUGGCAGACGGUAUUCGAAAUCAUGCAUGCGUCUUCAGCUAUUUGCCAGCAUGCUUUGACAACGCUCAGAAAAAUCCGGCAGUGGGCUUUGCCACUUUUCUAGACCUUUUGGUCGAGCUUGUUGAGAUCAUUUGGAUGCAGAUGGAGUCGAAUGCCACACCGCGCCAGCCAGUCCUGAACCUCUUUGACCUUGCGGCCUUCACGGGCGUUGUUCGCUCACGGAGUGUGUUCUGCUCCUGUCUCGAGCACACUAAGAUCCUGCACAUGCCGAACGGCGACAUGCAGUUAACGAUGACCAGCAAGAACUGGUCCCGGACGGAAGAAGCCACAGACCAUCCGAUCAGCGUUCCCAGCUCUUUGCGGCAGUUGGUGCGGCGCCAGAACUUGCACUCCAGGAUUGUGAUCGAGGAGCCCGAGGAGCACCUUCCCUGGUGGGCAUUCCUGGUGAUUGGGUUAGCCAUGGCGCUGGCUUCGUCCGUCGCGCUCGUGCAGGCUAUGGAAGGCGCUCAGAAGUCCUGGCGCCGCAAGCAAAUGAACACCGGCAAAGCGUCGGAGCUCGACGAAGAUAUGGAGGACCCUCUGGAACCCCGCGAAGAUAUGGAGGUCCUUCUGCCUCCUCAGCCGAUGGCGUCAGCCCGGAGCCCGCUAGUUUUCAAUAGUCCCUCGCCAUCGAGUGCGGAGGCUUUCGCGCGUGCUGCCGGUAGCGUCUCGACUCCGAUUGCGCAGCCGGUGAUCCUGCCAAAGGCAGUUCCUAGCCCCAGCAAUUGGAGACCCAACGCGGGCCCGGUGGUGCAGGUCUUCUAUUCGACCUCGCCAGUGGCCUCCAGCUGA